GGGGUGGGGGAAGCCGCUUGCUUGUCCGCGCUGCCGGGGUGGGGACGCUCGGCCCCCGGCCGUCCCUCCCAGCCGCACGGAGCCCGCGCGGACGCGGCGGCGGAGCGGCGUUGCGGGCUUUGUUCGGCUUUGUUUGUUUGAGUCGCACCUGAGCGCGGCCGCGAGGCCCGCGCGCUCCCCGGGGAAGCCGGAGUCACCUGCGCGCCUGCGGGAGCGCACCUGGCGCACGCUUCCGCCCGGCGCCCCGCACACCGCCCCGGCCCCGGGAGACCCGGCCCGCGUACGGGGCCGCGGAGCGUGGCGGGCCCGGGAGUGGCCUCUCGUUUGGAACUCGGGCACGGGGUCGCAGAGCCACGGGGGCGGACCACAGUCACAUCAACAUGCCUUCCGUCCUGUUGCUGGAGGUCAUCGUCAUGUUCCUGCUUUCUGGAGCACACCCAUCUCAUCCUCUUCAGGAAGUCCACGUAAGCAGGGAGACCAUUGGGAAGAUUUCAGCUGCCAGCAAAAUGAUACGGUGCUCAGCUGCCGUGGACGUCCUGUUUAUGAUAGAUGGCUCCUACAGCGUCGGGAAGGGGAGCUUUGAAAGGUCCAAACGCUUUGCUGUCAUGGUCUGUGAUGCUCUGGACAUCAGCCCUGAGAGGGUCAGAGUGGGAGCCCUGCAGUUCAGUUCCGUUCCUCGUCUGGAAUUCCCCUUGGAUUCGUUUUCGUCCCAACAGGAAGUGAAGGCACACAUGAAGAGGAUGGUUUUCAAAGGCGGGCGCACAGAGACCGGCCUCGCUCUGAAAUACCUUCUGCGCAAAGGGUUCCCUGGGGGCAGAAACGCCUCCGUGCCCCAGAUCCUCAUCGUCGUCACUGACGGAAGGUCCCAAGGGCACGUGGCGCUGCCGGCCAAGCAGCUGAAGGAAAGAGGUGUCACCGUAUUUGCCGUCGGGGUGCGGUUUCCCAGGUGGGAGGAGCUGCACGCGCUGGCCAGCGAACCGAGGGAGCAGCACCUGCUGAUGGUGGAGCAGGCGGAGGACGCCACCAACGGCCUUCUAAGCACCCUCAGCAGGUCUGCCAUCUGCACCGUCGCCUCUCCAGACUGCAGACUCCAGCCUCAUCCCUGUGAGCGCAGGACGCUGGAGACGGUCAGGGAGCGUGGUGGCAGCGCCCGCUGCUGGAGAGGAUCGCGGGGGACCGAUGCCGUGCUGGCGGCACUCUGCCCCUUCUCCAGCUGGAAGAGAGUGUUCCUCACCCACCCUGCCACCUGCUACAGGACCACAUGCCCAGGCGCCUGUGACUCGCAGCCCUGCCAGAAUGGAGGCACAUGUGUUCCAGAAGGCCUGGACAGGUACCACUGCCUCUGCGCGCCAGCCUUCAGAGGGGAGGCUGACUGCGCCCCGAAGCUGAGCCCGGAGUGCAGAGCUGACAUCCUCUUCCUGCUAGACAGCUCGGCGGGCACCACCCUGGAGGGCUUCCUGCGGGCCAAGGCCUUCGUGAAGCGGUUUGUGCAGGCCUCCCUGGGCGAGGACUCCCGGGCCCGCGUGGGCGUGGCGCGCUACAGCGGGGAGCUGGCGGUGGCCGUGCCCGUGGGCGAGUACGAGGACGUGCCGGCCCUGCUCCGGAGCCUAGAUGGCCUCCCCUUCAGCGGGGGCGCCAGCCUCACGGGCCGCGCCUUGCGGCAGGUGGCCGAUCGCGGCUUUGGGAGCGCCGCCAGGACGGGCCAGGACCGUCCCCGCAGAGUGGUGGUCCUGCUCACCGCGUCACCCUCCCAGGAUGACGUGGCCGGCCCGGCGCGUCGCGCCAGGGCCCGGGAGCUGCUCCUGCUGGGGGUGGGCACCGAGGCCGUGCGGGCGGAGCUGGAGGACAUCACAGGCGGCCCGGAGCGCGUCCUGGCCUACGCCGGCCCACACGACCUGUUCCGCCAAAUCCCUGAGCUGCAGGAGAAGCUGUGCAGCCGGCCGCCGCCAGGCUGCCAGGCACAGUCCCUGGACCUGGUCUUCAUGCUGGACGCCUCGGCCUCCGUGGGGCCUGAGAACUUCGCUCAGAUGCAGAGCUUCGUGAGGAGUUGCACACUCCAGUUCGACGUGAACCCCGACGUGACACAGGUCGGCCUGGUGGUGUACGGCAGCCGGGUCCGGACGGCCUUCGGGCUGGACACCCAUCUCACCCGCGCCGCGGUGCUGCGGGCCAUGAGCCAGGCCCCCUACCUGGGCGGGGUAGGCUCGGCAGGCACAGCCUUGCUGCACAUCCAUGACAGAGUGAUGACAGUCCAGAGGGGCGCCCGGCCUGGUGUCCCCAAGGCCGUGGUGGUGCUCACAGGCGGGGUGGGGACGGAGGACGCGGCCGUCCCUGUCCAGAAGCUGAGGAACGAUGGUGUCUCCGUCUUGGUGCUGGGCGUGGGGCCCGUGCUGAGGGAGGCGCUGCGGAGGCUCGCAGGUCCCCGGGACUCCCUGAUCCACGUGGCCACCUACGCAGACCUGAGGUACCACCAGGACGCGCUCAUCGAGUGGAUAUGUGGAGAAGCCAAGCGGCCGGUCAACGUCUGCAAACCCAGCCCGUGCAUGCACGAGGGCACCUGCGUCCUGCAGAACGGGAGCUACCGCUGCGAGUGCCAGGCCGGCUGGCAAGGCCCCCACUGUGGGAACCGCACUCCUGAGGUUCCCUUCUCUCCCAGGGUCCUUGAGAGGAGAUGCCCCCAAGGCCCGUGGCUCCCGCCAAGACCCCUCCCAGCAACCGCCCAGGUCAGGGCACCCCGGGCGCUGAAGUGGCACCGGCCUCCAGGGAGCAUCUGCUUGGAGAGGUCCUUUGAGUGUCCACCUCCAGCUCCGUGCAGAACCCUCCCGCCCACGUCCGUCUGCCACAGAGAAGAGCUGUCCCAGCUGCAGGCCGUGCUGCUUAGGGGCACAGCGACACCGGAUUCCGCCGCUAAUGCUGAUAAAUCGUGAUGUGUAAGUAUUUGCUUUCUGUGCCUGGCUAUGCCCCGGUGAGCUCGUGUCGUCUGCCACCUUUCCCCUGGGGAGAAACGAAGGAGCAUGGAGACUCCCGGUGGCCUGUCCGAAGCUCCCUUGGCCUUCGACAGAUGCUAAAUAGGAUGUCGUUGGGAUGGUGACACAGGAGGAGGCGUGGACUAGAGUGUUUGGACCCCCAAAGCCACGGCGUUUCAAGAUGGAAAAAGCAUGCGGUUGCUUUUGGUUUGACGAGGGGCUUGUGUGGCAUUUGUGACUCAUUCUGGUGUCUGGAUCUGUGUGUGGCAAAGGCCUAGAAAGGCUCCGGACUGGAAUGUGACCACUAACCAACUUGUUUGACUAUGGGGGGGCGGGGGUGAAGAUGCCUACAUUCCCUUGGCGGGGGGUGGGGGGUUUCCUUGAGAGAUUACUUAGGAGGGCUGCUUGUGGGCUGUUUAUUGCUUGUUUUUUUUAGGACAAAGAGAAUUGGAAUUCUUAAAUACAGCAUAAAGAAACCUAGAGGCUGUUGACUCUUUUAAGCAUCCGAUCUUAUGUUAUCUAGGUGGCUUUGCUUCUCAGUAAAGGAAUGUUGCAA